CGCGGCGCUGGGGCGGGGGAGCAUGGCGGCCCCCGGGGCCGAGAAGAGCAGCAAGAAGAAGACCGAGAAGAAGCUCGCCGCCCGCGAGGAGGCGAAGCUGCUGGCGAGCUUCAUGGGCGUGAUGAACACCAUGCGCAAGCAGAAAACUCUGUGUGAUGUCAUUCUUAUGGUUCAAGAAAGAAAGAUCCCAGCUCACCGUGUUGUGCUUGCAUCAGCCAGUCAUUUUUUUAACUUGAUGUUUACUACAAAUAUGCUUGAAUCAAAGUCCUUUGAAGUGGAGCUAAAAGAUGCAGAACCUGACAUUAUUGAACAGCUUGUGGAGUUUGCUUAUACGGCAAGAAUCUCAGUGAACAGCAAUAAUGUCCAGUCGCUACUAGAUGCAGCAAACCAGUAUCAAAUUGAACCUGUCAAAAAAAUGUGUGUGGAUUUUUUAAAGGAACAAGUUGAUGCUUCCAAUUGUCUUGGUAUAAGUGUGUUAGCAGAAUGCCUAGACUGUCCAGAACUGAAAGCCACUGCAGAUGACUUUAUUCAUCAGCAUUUCACUGAAGUUUACAAGACAGAUGAGUUUCUCCAGCUUGAUGUUAAGCGUGUGACACAUCUUUUGAACCAAGAUACGUUGACAGUGCGGGCAGAAGACCAGGUUUAUGAUGCAGCAGUCAGAUGGCUGAAGUAUGAUGAGCCAAAUCGCCAGCCGUACAUGGUUGAUAUUCUUGCUAAAGUCAGAUUUCCUCUUAUAUCAAAGAACUUCUUAAGUAAAACAGUUCAGGCUGAACCACUUAUUCAGGAUAACCCAGAAUGCCUUAAAAUGGUGAUCAGUGGGAUGCGAUACCAUCUGCUUUCCCCAGAAGACAGAGAAGAGUUAGUGGAAGGUACACGGCCAAGAAGAAAAAAACAUGAUUAUCGCAUUGCUUUGUUUGGAGGCUCACAGCCCCAGUCCUGCAGAUAUUUUAAUCCAAAGGAUUACAGCUGGACAGACAUCCGAUGUCCCUUUGAAAAGCGCAGGGAUGCAGCUUGUGUCUUCUGGGACAACGUAGUUUAUAUUUUGGGUGGUUCCCAGCUCUUCCCUAUAAAGCGAAUGGACUGCUACAAUGUGGUGAAGGAUAGCUGGUAUUCCAAGCUAGGACCUCCAACACCUCGAGAUAGCCUUGCAGCCUGUGCUGCUGAGGGCAAAAUUUAUACAUCUGGUGGUUCAGAAGUGGGAAAUUCAGCCCUGUAUUUAUUCGAAUGCUACGACACAAGAACAGAAAGCUGGCACACCAAGCCCAGCAUGCUGACUCAGCGAUGCAGCCAUGGAAUGGUAGAAGCAAAUGGUCUCAUUUAUGUUUGUGGAGGAAGCUUAGGAAACAAUGUUUCUGGAAGAGUCCUAAAUUCCUGUGAAGUCUAUGAUCCGGCCACUGAAACGUGGACUGAGCUCUGUCCAAUGAUUGAAGCCAGGAAGAAUCAUGGGCUGGUGUUUGUAAAGGACAAAAUAUUUGCUGUGGGUGGACAAAAUGGCUUAGGUGGCCUUGAUAAUGUAGAAUAUUACGAUAUCAAGAUGAAUGAAUGGAAGAUGGUGUCUCCAAUGCCAUGGAAAGGUGUAACAGUGAAGUGUGCUGCUGUGGGAUCUAUAGUCUAUGUCCUGGCUGGUUUUCAGGGUGUUGGUCGUUUAGGGCACAUUCUUGAAUAUAAUACUGAAACAGACAAGUGGAUAGCCAACUCCAAAGUCCGUGCUUUCCCAGUGACAAGUUGCUUAAUUUGUGUUGUAGACACUUGUGGGGCAAAUGAAGAAACUUUAGAGACCUGAAGACUUGUAGGAGGUGCUGUGACAUUCUUCAAGGACUUGGGGAAAGAUGACUAUUGGUGCUUUGCUUCCAUGUUUUACUGAAUCUUGUUAAACUGAGUAAUAUGAAAAACUGAGAUGCAGUCUUUAGAUUUGUAUA